CGCCUGCGCUCGGGCGCAAGGUGGGGCCGCCGGCGCCCGCACUCUGGGGUUCUCGCAGGGGUAGGGGGCAAGGGUCCACUGUCACGCUGAGACGGGUGGCGGGAUGGCGAUGGCCUCUGGGUCCUCGGACUUGGUCGGCUCCGGAGCGCCCCCGCCUGGCGGGGGAGCCCAGGCGGCGGCGGCGGCAGCUGAGGAGGAGGAGCGAGAGGUGGUACGGGUCCGAGUCAAGAAAUGUGAGAGCUGCUUGCCACCUGAGUUCCGCUCUUUUGCUGUGGACCCCCAGAUCACCUCCCUCGAUGUCUUACAGCACAUCCUCAUCCGAGCCUUUGACUUGAACGGGAAGAAGAACUUUGGCAUCAACUACCUGGGCCGGGAUCGGCUGGGGCAGGAAGCUUACCUCUCACUCCUGUCUGACUGGGACCUCAGCAUGGCCUUUGCCACCGCCUCCAAACCUUACCUGCAGCUGCGUGUAGAUAUUCGGCCCACUGAGGACAGCCCGCUGCUGGAGGACUGGGACAUUAUCAGCCCCAAGGAUGUCAUUGGCUCCGACGUGCUGCUGGCUGAGAAACGGUCAUCGCUGACGACAGCUGCCCUGCCCUUCACACAGUCAAUACUCUCUCAGGUGGGCCGCACCUUGUCUAAGGUCCAGCAGGUGCUAAGCUGGUCAUAUGGGGAAGAUGUCAAGCCCUUCAAGCCACCCCUGAGCGAUGCUGAGUUUCACACAUACCUGAACCACGAGGGCCAGCUCUCCCGCCCCGAGGAGUUGCGCCUGCGGAUCUAUCAUGGUGGUGUUGAGCCCUCCCUGCGGAAGGUGGUGUGGCGGUACCUGCUGAAUGUGUAUCCAGACGGGUUGACAGGCCGUGAGCGGAUGGACUACAUGAAACGCAAGAGUCGCGAGUAUGAGCAGCUCAAGAGCGAGUGGGCACAGCGAGCAAGCCCCGAGGACCUGGAAUUCAUCCGAAGUACAGUCCUCAAGGAUGUCCUGCGUACUGACCGGGCCCACCCCUACUAUGCAGGGCCUGAGGAUGGCCCACACCUGCGAGCACUACACGACCUGCUCACCACCUAUGCUGUUACCCACCCACAGGUGUCCUACUGCCAGGGCAUGAGCGACCUUGCCUCGCCCAUCCUUGCUGUCAUGGACCACGAAGGCCAUGCCUUUGUCUGCUUUUGUGGCAUCAUGAAGCGCCUGUCUGCGAACUUCCAUCCUGAUGGCCGUGCCAUGGCCACCAAGUUCGCCCAUCUCAAGCUGCUGCUGCGACAUGCUGACCCUGACUUCUACCAGUACUUGCAAGAAGCUGGUGCUGAUGACCUCUUCUUCUGUUACCGCUGGCUACUACUCGAGCUCAAGCGUGAGUUCGCCUUUGACGAUGCCCUCCGCAUGCUUGAGGUCACCUGGAGUUCACUGCCCCCUGAUCCUCCUGAACACGAGGUAGAGCUUGUCGGACCCCCCAGCCAAGUGGCAGACGCUGGUUUUGGUGGCCACAGGGGGCGGCCUGUGAGACAGAGGCACAUGCUAAGGCCUGCCGGUGGAGGCCGUGCCUUCGAAGAUGCUGUGGACCACUUGGCCAUGACCAGCCAGGGGCCUAGUGGUGGGGGGCGUCUCCUGAGACAAGCCAGCCUGGAUGACCUUCAGCAACUCAGGGAUAACACAGGCCCCAGGAGGGACCCUCUGGUCCAGCUGCCCCGCCCAGCUGCCCUUAUCAGCUGCAAGUCUCUCUCUGAGCCCUUGCUGAAUUCCCCAGACCCAUUGCUCUCUUCCUCUUCCCGCCCUGAUUCCCCAUCCUCCUCAUCUCCGCCAUCCACCCAGGAGGCCUCUCCCGCUGGCGACAUGGCUGCAGGAUCCCCCUCCAUGCCAGAGUUGGGAUCCCCACAAGACCCUGGGAAGUCCCUGCCACCCUCACCCCCACUGGGCCUGCCUCCGCCCCAGGAGUUUGGCCGGGGAAACCCAUUCAUGCUCUUCCUCUGCCUUGCCAUCCUGCUGGAGCACCGUGACCACAUCAUGCGCAAUGGGCUGGAUUACAACGAGCUGGCCAUGCAUUUUGACCGUCUCGUGCGAAAACACCACCUGGGGCGUGUCCUGCGCCGGGCCAAGGCUCUCUUCGCUGAUUACCUGCAGUCAGAGGUGUGGGACUCAGAGGAGGGAGCCGAGGCCACGGCCCCAUCUUGAUUGGGCUCCCUCCACCCCACCAUCAGCCCUACCAUAUUUUCGUUCUCUGCCAUAAGGGCCUACACGUGAGACCCCACCUCCCUGCCUGCCAGCCCUAGACCUGUCGGAGCAUGGGGCCCUCUCUCCCCAGGUCUGAGAGUAUGGGGCUCUGCUUUGGCACUGCCCCAUGGAGGCCAUGGCCUCUUUUUUCUGUUUUUGUCGUUUUGUUUUUAACAACUGUACUUUGCACACAUGAAGGUCUUCGUGGUCUGUGUAUUUCUCUGCCCCCUCCCUGGUUUUUGUUGUAGUGGAGUCCUCGGGGGCUCUUUACCUCAUGGAGCGGAAAUACUUCACUUGGUGGAAAGUGGCUUCUGCUUCCCCAGUGGCGGGAGAGUGGUGGGGGAGUGCUGAGAAUCAGUUCUAGAAGGUGAGCCCAGGUCGAGGACUGCUUGAGGAAGGCCUAAGGCUGUUUUGUGGUACAUCUGUCUGCCUCUAAGGGUCUGGAUUAUGGGUGUGAAUGCAUAUUCUCAGGACAAGCCCCUGAAUGAGGAAUGAGAAAGAGAGUUCCUGACUCAAAAAGGGCAAGGUUCAUUACAAAGACUGGGAAGUAUGAGCUACUGAGAGAGAAACGUUGGGCCAGCCACCUCUGGCAUUCCACAUGUCACCAUUUCUAGGAUCCAGACCCUUCCCUGUGAGUCUUAGGCACUAGUGCUGGCAGUCCUGGGCACGAGUCUAAGGCUCCUAUUUUUGUCACUUGCUUUGGGGCCAGCUUGAGGGACUGUGGCCUUGCCAUGCCUAGGGCUCUAAGCCCUAAACUGGGUUUCCAGCUCGUGGGUACCUGUCUAACUGUUUCAGCAAUAGAAACCAUUUAUUUGCCUUCUCCAUCCUACUGAUGUAGACAAACAAAUCAAGCACUGAUAAAGCUCAGGCCCUAAAAGAAGUCACCUACUUAUUUGGAGGAUAGUGAUCAAAAGAAGGUCCUUUUUCCCACUUAACUUCUCAGAAGGUGGAUUAUCUCACAGGCUGGGUACUGUCCUCCACAAAGGACAUGGCAGACGAGGUAACUGGGGUCCUUCAGGUCAUGACCUUGCUGUGCCAGGUUCCGGCCAGAAGUUGCUCCACUAGGCAAUGCUAACAGAGGUGAGGGGCAUCAGGGCAGCCAUCUUCUCAUCUGUCUCCCCCAGUAAUGCUGUAUAAAGCUGGAGAUGACCCUUAAAAGGCUCCCAUCACCCCCCAGUUACCAAAUUCCUCAGAUGAGGGCUCAGUCACUGGAAGAGCACGACAAGACCAUUCUGUGUCUAGGAUGCUCCAAGACUGAGGGUCCAACAAGUACAUUUGUGGAUAAGGGGCUCAGACCCCCACCCAGGGCCAUCCAAGAUAUGGCGAUAUCUGGCCCUCUGAGAAUCUGAAAUGUCCCCUUUGUCAGUAACCAGCUGACACCCUCUGGGUGCAUUCUGUGAUUAACGAGCGCACAUAUUUGACGGGCCAGACAAGUCAGUUGUGUGUAUGGCGGCUUGGAGCCCCUGAGGGCCAGAGGAGUCCUGACUGUGAAUAGGAAGCUCAGAUACCCUGAAGGGCAGAGACCUCUAUUAGUCCUUGAGGAUUCUUGAGGCUUCUGGUUCCUGCCAAGAUGGCAAAUAGCAUAAGCCACUGAUUCCCUUGCCUGAAAGUAGCCCCGGAGAAACUACGGAGGGAAACAUGAGUUCCAGAAACUGCAGCACAGCUGUGAAGGCCUGUGGGGACAUGGAAGUGUGUCUUUAACUGGCCUGUGUUUUGAGUGGUGGAUGGCUGGAGGCAGCAAAUACAGGACAGGUUAGAGAUGUAGAGUCUGGCUCUUACCUCUCCCCCAUGUUGACUUGGGAAGGUCCUUGUCUGCCCCCUCACUGCAGAAAUCAUCCAGAUCACUGGUAUAGGUGUCUGAGGAGGGGCUAGUAUCAGGGCAGCAAGGACCAUGCUGAGGGGAGGAAGUGAGCAGCCCGAGGCCAUCACUCCACCUCUCCCCCUCCAGACACCAGGGCCGGUGGGGACACCUAGGGAGAUGGCCUCUUCUUAGGGUUUAAAUGUGGAAAGCCUACUAGAGGAAUUGUCAGGUAGUGUGAUAGCAGAUGGGAGUGACAGGUCUGC